CACAGUUACGCCUCCAGACCAGUUUCCGCCCUUCUGAGAGAAAAUACUCCGCCUGCGAUUCAUCGACGACAGCAGGAAAGUUUAAAUAUAGCCUACAGAAAGAAUACAAUCGGAUUUGUUAACUUCUGCAAUAUCGCGAAUUCUACGCUGGAAAACCGGAUAGAGGUCGGUCGCAGUAGUCAGGAGAUGGUUGAAAUGAGGAUGAGCUGAACUCGAGCUGGCACAGUUACGGUCCCUCCGCUGAAGGCUCGACGGCACCAUCUAAUUCCUUAUCUAAGUGAUUGUCACAGCUUCACCAUGGCUCGCGGCUGCCUCUGCUGUGUCAAAUACAUGUUGUUCCUCUUCAACCUGCUCUUCUGGUUGGGGGGCUGUGGUUUGUUGGGUGUGGGGGUGUGGUUGUCUGUGUCCCAGGGCAGCUUUGCCACCCUAUCACCAUCCUUCCCCUCCAUCUCUGCUGCCAACCUCAUCAUCACCCUGGGUGCUGUCAUCAUGGUUACAGGCUUCCUGGGUUGCCUGGGUGCCAUCAAGGAGAACAAGUGUCUGCUGCUGAGUUUUUUCAUCACGUUGUUGGUUAUUCUGUUGGCGGAGCUGAUCCUUCUUAUCCUGUUCUUCGUAUACACAGACAAUGUGAGUGAUGCCAGACAGGACCUGCAAGAGGGACUUGUACGGUACCUAACUACUAAUGAUCUACCAUAUAACGCCUGGAACACCAUACAGGCAGAGUGGCAUUGUUGUGGGGUGAAUGGGUACACAGACUGGCACACUGCCCUGCAGGAGAAGGUGGUUCCUGACCACUGCUGUCAGGAUAUCUACCAGGACUGUGGGCGCAAUGCCACCAACCAGUUCUGGACACGGGGUUGCUAUGAGAAGGUGGAGGAGUGGUUGGAUGACAAUAAACACCUGCUGGGAACCAUUGCCAUGUGUGUUCUGGUCAUACAGCUCCUGGGUAUGGCCUUCUCCAUGACUUUGUACCAGCAGAUCCACCGAUCCGGGAAGAAGUAUGAAGCUUAGAACACACACACACAGAAUUUGAGGCCCAUUACUUUUAUACAAAAUCAUACUCUAAAAAGGCACAAACUUGCACACACACAAGCCACAAAACUACUUUUAAUGUAGUGUUUAUAUUUACACACUCUUGUAUCAUUUUGUGCACAAAGGCAAUUUUAAUGUUUUUUGAAGAUCAUCUUUAUCAUUAUAAUGUUCUUAUCCCAACCCUAGUUCAGUUAUGGUGGGACUAAGGGUGGGUGAGGAAGGGGGGUUGGAUUGUGUGUAUGUGGGUGUAGGGACAUCCCUCGGUCAUCCAGAAUAGAAUGACUGGCUUGAACACAAAAAAAGAGUAGAGGGACAGAGGUUUGGUUUCAUGCCUUAGAAAUCCUUAAACGGAUUAGUUAUAUUGUAUGGAUGCAUUAUUGUAAAACCAGUUACUGAGAUGUGUUCAAUAAAAGUUCAGCUUAUUCUGUCAAA